GGGUGCGUCGAGCUGGCCGCGGAUCCAAGAUGGCGGCGUGUGGACGUGUACGGAGGAUGUUCCGCUUGUCCGGGGCGCUGCAGCUGCUGCUGCUGCUCCUCGCCGUGGUCGGGGCCCAGAAACUCCCAGGCCCGGGCGGCCACAUUCUGGGCCAAGGCCCACAGCUUAACUUAGUGCCCUUCAUGGGGCCGGCUGGAGGCGGCGGGCCAGCGGCUCAGCCUCUGCACCCUGUAGCUCAGUCAUCUCAGCAGCAACAGCAGCAGCAGCUGCAACAGCAGCAGCAGCAGCAACAGCAACAACAACAGCAGCAACAACAACAAGCUCCUCAGCAGCCGCAGCUGCCUUUCCCGGCGGGUGGGCCUCCGGCCCGGCGGGGCGGAGCGGGGGCUAGCGGGGGCUGGAAGCUGGUGGAGGAAGAGUUCUGCAGGGAGGACGUGACCCGUGUGUGCCCCAAGCACACCUGGAGCAACAACCUGGCGGUGCUCGAGUGCCUGCAAGACGUGAGAGAGCCUGAGAAUGAAAUUUCUUCAGACUGCAAUCAUUUGUUGUGGAAUUAUAAACUCAACCUAACCACAGAUCCAAAAUUUGAAUCUGUGGCCAGAGAAGUCUGCAAAUCUACCAUAUCAGAGAUUAAAGAAUGUGCAGAUGAACCUGUUGGAAAAGGUUACUUGGUUUCCUGCUUGGUGGAUCACCGAGGCAACAUCACUGAAUACCAGUGUCACCAAUAUAUCACCAAGAUGACAGCCAUCAUUUUUAGUGAUUACCGUCUAAUCUGUGGCUUCAUGGAUGACUGCAAAAAUGACAUCAACAUUCUGAAAUGUGGCAGCAUUAGGCUUGGAGAAAAGGAUGCACAUUCACAAGGCGAGGUGGUGUCCUGCUUGGAGAAAGGCCUGGUGAAGGAAGCAGAAGAAAGAGACCCCAAGACUCAAGUCUCUGAACUCUGCAAGAAAGCAAUUCUCCGGGUAGCUGAACUAUCCUCUGAUGACUUUCACUUAGACCGGCAUUUAUAUUUUGCUUGCCGAGAUGAUCGAGAGCGCUUUUGUGAAAAUACACAAGCUGGUGAAGGCAGAGUGUAUAAGUGCCUCUUUAAUCAUAAAUUUGAAGAGUCUAUGAGUGAAAAGUGUCGAGAAGCCCUAACAACUCGACAAAAGUUGAUUGCCCAAGACUAUAAGGUCAGUUAUUCAUUGGCCAAAUCCUGUAAGAGUGAUUUGAAGAAAUACCGGUGCAAUGUGGAAAACCUUCCUCGAUCCCGGGAAGCCAGGCUAUCUUAUCUUCUAAUGUGUCUGGAGUCAGCUGUGCAUAGAGGGCGACAAGUGAGCAGUGAGUGCCAGGGGGAGAUGUUAGAUUACAGACGCAUGUUGAUGGAAGACUUUUCUUUGAGCCCUGAGAUCAUCCUGAGCUGUCGGGCAGAAAUUGAACACCACUGUUCUGGAUUACAUCGGAAAGGGCGUACCCUACAUUGUCUAAUGAAAGUAGUCCGGGGGGAGAAAGGGAACCUUGGAAUCAAUUGCCAGCAAGCACUUCAGACACUGAUUCAGGAGACUGACCCUGGUGCAGACUACCGCAUUGAUAGAGCUUUGAAUGAAGCUUGUGAAUCUGUAAUUCAGACAGCCUGCAAACAUAUCAGAUCGGGAGACCCCAUGAUUCUCUCAUGCCUGAUGGAACAUCUAUACACAGAGAAAAUGGUGGAGGAUUGUGAACAUCGUCUCUUAGAGCUGCAAUAUUUCAUCUCCCGAGAUUGGAAGCUAGACCCAGUCUUAUACCGCAAGUGCCAAGGAGAUGCUUCUCGUCUUUGCCAUACCCAUGGUUGGAAUGAAACCAGUGAACUUAUGCCUCCUGGAGCUGUAUUUUCUUGUUUAUACAGACAUGCCUACCGCACUGAGGAACAGGGCAGGCGGCUCUCACGGGAGUGCCGAGCUGAAGUCCAAAGGAUCCUUCACCAACGUGCCAUGGAUGUGAAGCUGGAUCCUGCUCUCCAGGAUAAGUGUCUGAUUGAUCUGGGAAAGUGGUGCAGUGAAAAAACAGAAACUGGACAGGAGCUUGAGUGCCUCCAGGAUCAUCUCGAUGACUUGGCUGUCGAGUGCAGAGAUAUAGUUGGCAAUCUCACCGAGUUAGAAUCUGAGGAUAUUCAAAUUGAAGCCUUACUGAUGAGAGCCUGUGAGCCCAUUAUUCAGAACUUUUGUCAUGAUGUGGCAGAUAACCAGAUAGACUCUGGGGACUUGAUGGAGUGUCUGAUACAGAACAAACACCAGAAAGACAUGAAUGAGAAGUGUGCCAUUGGAGUCACCCACUUCCAGCUGGUACAGAUGAAGGAUUUUCGAUUCUCUUAUAAAUUCAAAAUGGCCUGCAAGGAGGAUGUGCUGAAGCUUUGCCCCAACAUAAAGAAAAAGGUGGAUGUGGUGAUCUGCCUGAGCACCACCGUGCGCAACGACACUCUGCAGGAAGUCAAGGAGCACAGGGUAUCCUUGAAGUGCCGAAGGCAGCUCCGGGUGGAAGAACUGGAGAUGACAGAGGACAUCCGUCUAGAACCAGAUCUGUAUGAAGCCUGUAAGAGUGAUAUCAGGAGCUAUUGUUCCUCAGUGCAGUAUGGCAAUGCUCAGAUUAUUGAGUGUCUAAAAGAAAACAAGAAACAGCUGCUUACCCGCUGCCACCAGAAAGUGUUUAAGCUACAGGAGACAGAGAUGAUGGACCCAGAACUAGACUACACACUUAUGAGAGUUUGCAAGCAGAUGAUAAAGAGGUUUUGUCCAGAAGCAGAUUCCAAAAACAUGUUGCAGUGCUUAAAACAAAAUAAAAACAGUGAGUUGAUGGAUCCCAAAUGCAAACAGAUGAUAACCAAGCGCCAGAUUACCCAGAAUACAGAUUACCGUUUAAACCCUGUGCUAAGGAAAGCCUGCAAAGCUGACAUUCCUAAAUUCUGUCAUGGUAUCCUGACAAAGGCCAAGGAUGAUUCAGAACUAGAAGGUCAAGUCAUCUCUUGCCUCAAGUUGAGAUAUGCUGACCAGCGCCUCUCUUCAGACUGUGAAGACCAGAUCCGAAUUAUUAUCCAAGAGUCUGCUCUAGACUACCGACUAGAUCCUCAACUCCAACUUCACUGCUCAGAUGAGAUCGCCAGUCUAUGUGCUGAAGAAGCAGCAGCCCAAGAGCAGACAGGUCAGGUAGAGGAGUGCCUCAAAGUCAACCUGCUCAAAAUCAAAACAGAAGUGUGUAAAAAGGAGGUAUUAAACAUGCUGAAAGAGAGUAAAGCAGACAUCUUUGUGGACCCAGUUCUUCAUACAGCUUGUGCCCUGGACAUUAAACACCACUGUGCAGCCAUCACCCCUGGCCGAGGGCGUCAAAUGUCCUGUCUCAUGGAGGCCUUGGAGGACAAGCGGGUGAGGCUCCAGCCAGAGUGUAAAAAACGCCUCAAUGACCGGAUUGAAAUGUGGAGUUAUGCAGCAAAGGUGGCCCCAGCAGAUGGCUUCUCAGACCUCGCCAUGCAAGUGAUGACAUCCCCAUCAAAGAACUACAUUCUCUCUGUGAUCAGUGGGAGCAUCUGUAUAUUGUUCUUGAUUGGCCUGAUGUGUGGACGAAUCACCAAGCGAGUGACACGAGAGCUCAAGGACAGGCAACAGUGCAGGUCAGAGACAAUGGCUUAUAAGGAUUUAUCGAGGUCUCAGGGUGUGGCUGACUGUCCCACCUUUCUGCAGGCUCAAGGCCACCUUCCCAGGCAAGCUCCUUUAUACCUCUACAUGGAAAGGGCAUGAAAAGUUAUUGAAUUAAAAGAUGGAGGCUUUUCUCCGUG